GAUGAAGAGGACUGGUAUUAUGGGAUGGCAGGAAUAGGCGUGGCAGUGCGGCUUCACGAGUUUAAGGAAAGUCGUGGUGCCAACCAACAUUAUGGGUCAGCAGAGGGAGACAAACCAGUGUUGCGGCAGGGCAGAGAUGUGAUUGGACUGUAUCCUGGACAGCUGGCGAGAGUUCACACCAUCCACUCCCCACUUUACAGACCGAGGAUGAGGUCAGUGAAGGGUUCACCCCGUCCGGAGAAACUGGAGGAACGAUAUCAGCGAAACUUUGACCUUCUCACACUUCAGACCCUGGAUCAGUCCACAGCCGUGCAGAGAGCGACACACACUCCUCACACACACUCAACACACUCCACCACUUACCGGGAGGAGUUCGGACGCCAGUCAUGUUUUUACCCUCCUGAUGACACCAAAUUCACCCUACGUUCCUGCCCUGCUCCUCUAGACUGCUGAAACAGAACAUCAGCAACCAAAUCACCAAAUUAAAACACUUAAAACACUCAAAUCCCAGGUCAUGCUGCUUCUCCAUCAGCAGCCGGAGUCCGAGAGAGAGUACACUUGACCAUGCUCAUGGGAAAAGAGGCAUACGCU